AUGGCUGAAUCAGAAAAUGGUUGGAAAUUUGCUCAAUGUUUCGGUGAUAAAGGCGAGGUCGAGGACAUUACAGAAGCUGAUAUUAUUUCGACCGUCGAAUUUGACCACACCGGUGACUAUCUUGCGACUGGCGAUAAAGGAGGGCGUGUGGUCUUAUUUGAACGUAAUGAAGGGAAAAAAGGUUGCGAAUAUAAAUUCUAUACAGAAUUUCAAUCACAUGAACCUGAAUUCGACUAUCUUAAAAGUUUAGAGAUUGAAGAAAAGAUUAACAAGAUUAAAUGGUACAAAACCAUCAAGUUAUGGAAAGUUUUUGAAAAAUCGUUGAAAGUAGUGGCAGAGAAUAAUUUAAGUGAUGGAUUGAAGCCUCAGAAUGGAAAAAUUCAAAAUCUUCGAUUGCCAAAACUUGCACAACAUGACACGAUCAUUGCAGCUGUUCCUCGUAAAGUAUAUGCAAAUGCUCACGCAUAUCAUAUCAACUCUAUAUCCAUCAAUUCUGAUGGUGAGACAUAUAUAUCUGCUGAUGAUUUGAGAAUUAACUUAUGGAACUUGAAUAUCAGUGAUCAAAGCUUUAAUAUUGUUGAUAUCAAACCAGCAAAUAUGGAAGAACUUGUUGAAGUUAUUACAGCAGCAGAAUUUCAUCCAAUUCAUUGUAAUUUGUUUAUGUACAGUAGCAGUAAAGGAACCAUAAAAUUAAGCGACAUGAGGAUAUCAGCUUUGUGUGAUCAACAUGCAAAAAUGUUUGAAGAACAAGAAGAUCCGGCCAACAAAUCAUUUUUCUCAGAAAUUAUUUCAUCUAUUUCUGAUGUAAAGUUUAGCAAAGAUGGAAAAUAUAUUUUAUCCCGUGAUUAUUUGACAUUGAAAAUUUGGGAUAUAAAUAUGGAGAACAAACCACUGAAAACAAUCAAUAUUCAUGAUCAUCUAAGAACAAAAUUGUGUGAUUUAUAUGAGAAUGAUUGUAUUUUUGAUAAAUUUGAAUGCACAUUCAGUGGUGAUGGACAAAAUGUUUUGACAGGAUCAUAUGACAAUUAUUUUCAUAUUUAUGAUCAAGAAGGUUUAACUGACAUUUCUUUACAAGCUGAUAAAAGUGCAUUCAAAGCUAAACGUGUUGGGUCAAAGAGUAAGCCACUUCGUGGAAGAGUUAAAAAAGAUGAGAUUAAUGUAGAUAAUAUUGAUUUUAAUAAAAAAAUUCUUCAUGCUUCAUGGCAUCCAAAUGAAAAUUCUAUUGCUGUGGCUGCAACAAAUAACCUCUUUAUUUUCACCGAGUAA